AUCCGAAACCUGGUCCUUUCCUACCUUAUCGGGAUCGUUGUGCUCGACCCAUGAUCUGUCGACACGCGUCCGUAGCCCUCCUCUUCUUGUCGAAGCUUCCCGCACCCUUCCCGCCACCUGUCUCCAUCACAAAAAGGCAUCACCGCGCCAGUGAAUCAUGCGCCGUCCAUCUCCCCCUCCGAUAUGGCCGAUCUGCCCCCACUGCUCUACGCCACCCCUUUCUUCCGCCUUCCCCCAUUUAAUAUUAUCCGGAACAGAACCUUCUGGAAGCGCCUAUAAGGUUUCCGCCCGACCCGGUAUUCCCACCCUUCCUUUUCUUCCACCCAAAACUUGGUCUUCCUUCCAGAGAAAUCGAGAACCUUUCGGGUGGUGAUCCGGCGGCGAUGGCGCCUCCGCCCUUGCCUUCCGCCGCCGCCGAGAAGGCCGCCGAGCAGGUGCCGCCGGAUGGACAGCGGUCGCUCCCGACGCCUUUCCUUACAAAGACGUACCAGCUCGUGGACGAUCCGUCGGUGGACGACAUGAUAUCGUGGAACGAGGACGGGUCGACUUUCGUGGUGUGGCGGCCCGCUGAGUUCGCCCGCGAUCUCCUCCCCAAGUACUUCAAGCACAACAAUUUCUCCAGCUUCGUCCGCCAGCUGAACACCUAUGGAUUUCGGAAGAUUGUGCCCGAUCGGUGGGAGUUCGCCAACGAUUGCUUCCGAAGAGGCGAAAAGCGCCUCCUUUGCGAUAUCCACCGCCGCAAGAUAACCCAAGCCGCCCCGUCCGUGGUGGGGCCGGCCGCGGUGUCUGUUCCAGUAAAUCGGGCAGGGUCACCGGCGAACUCGGGGGAGGAGCAGGUCCUCUCGUCGAACUCCUCUCCCGGGCCGCCUCCUUCCUUGGCCGCCGGAUCCAGCAGCUCGGUGGAACUGACGGAGGAGAACGAGAGGCUGAGGAAGGAGAACACGCGGCUCUCCCGCGAGCUCGCCCAGAUGAAGAGCUUGUGCAGUCACAUCUCGGUCCUGAUAUCGAAGUACGCGGACGAGGGCGGCGGCGGGAGGGCGGCGGAGGCCCCGCCUCCGCCGUCGACAGUUCUGGAGCUUAUGCCGGCGAGGCGAGAGGAGGAGGAGGAGCUGGAGGAGGAAGAUGAGGAGGAGGAGCUGCAGGAGGCGGAGACGGAAACGGGGAUGGAGGUGGAAGGGGCUGUGAAGGCGGUGGAGAUGACGAGCGCGCGGCUCUUCGGGGUGUCGAUCGGAGGGAAGCGGGCGAGGGAGGAGGACAAGGCCGAGGAUCCAACGCCGGAGGUGAAGUCAGAGCCGUCGGAUCCGGCGUCGGACACGAAAGAGGACAUCUCGCCGGAGCGCCAUCAGCGGUCAUGGGUGGUGUAUUGCCCUCGGCCGGUGAGGAGGGCGUGCCAUGGAGCCGAAGGGGGUGUUGGAGACCGGGACGGAUCGCUCACGUGACUCACGUGACGACAACUGGACCGCGAAGAAGUGUGCAGUUGUAGAUCUAAUUCGUGCUGUGUAGAAUGCAAUUUUAGCGGUACUAGAUUAAUAAGUGGGGGAGUCCAAAGAUUCCAUGUG